AUGAUGGCCAGCUUUAUGAGCUACUUUGGCGGUCGCCGGGAUCCUAAGCAAUCCGCUCGAGAUGCGAUAGUAACUCUGCGGCAGCAACUUCAGAUGCUUGAGAAGAAGGAGGAGUACUUGCAGAAGAAGAUAAAUGAGGAGGUUGCGAAAGCGAAGGCAAACGCAACAACCAACAAGACGGCCGCGACGAACGCCUUGCGGAGGAAGAAGGUCCACGAGCAGGAGAUGGAUAGGUUGCAAGGUACACGCAUGCAACUGGAGAUGCAGGUUAAUACGCUAGAAUCUGCGAACAUGAACGCGGAAACUAUGGCUGCACUCAAGAAGGGUGCCGACGCCCUGAAGCAUAUUCAUGGCAACAUGACUCUCGACAAGGUUGACGCGACUAUGUCAUCUAUCCAGGAGCAAACCCAGGUUGCGAAUGAGAUUUCGGAGGCAAUUUCUAACCCGAUGUAUGGCGCUGGCGAUCAGAUCGACGAGGAUGAACUCAAGGCAGAGCUCGCGGAAUUGGAGCAGGAAGAGCUUAACGACAGGCUUAUGGGUGCAGACCACGUUCCAAUACACGCACCAGCGGGCCCCAGUAAAGUCCAGAGUUCGUCUGCCCGGGUUGCCGAAGAGGAUGACGAAGAGGCUCAACUCAAGGCACUACAGGCCGAGCUUGCUAUGUAA